CAAUCUGCUAUAUCUGUGAUCUACAAUGAAUGCUAAAUCUGCAAUCAGCAAAGAAAUUUUUGCCCCACAUGAUGAAAGGAUGCUGGGAGCCGUCCAAGUGAAAAGAAGAACAAAAAAAAAGAUUCCUUUCCUAGCUACCGGAGGUCAGGGUGAAUAUUUAACGUACAUCUGCCUGUCAGUGACAAACAAGAAACCAGCUCAAGCGUCUAUUACGAAGGUGAAGCAAUUUGAAGGCUCUACGUCUUUUGUCAGGAGAACGCAGUGGAUGCUCGAGCAGCUUCGCCAGGUCAACGGUAUAGACCCUAAUCGGGAUUCCCCAGAAUUUGAUUUACUGUUUGAAAAUGCUUUUGACCAAUGGGUAGCAAGCACAGCUUCAGAAAAAUGCACAUUCUUUCAGGUUCUACAUAACACUUGUCAGCGAUACCUUACAGACAAGAAGCCAGAAUUUAUUAACUGCCAAUCUAAAAUUAUGGGAGGUAAGUCACUAAUGCAUAUUUUCCGAAACAAACAAACUCCACCAAAGAACAGUUCCUCCCAAGUGGAGCUGAAGAUGAAAGAACUUGAAGGGAUUGUUUACAAGCUUACUUAUCUUAUUGGGCCUUGUUCCUUCCUAAAGGGUAGGAGUGAAGAAAGUGAAAUUCAUGCUGCUCCUGUUUCUGCAGGAAGCAC